AUGCGCCGGGGGUUCCGCGGUGCGCUCCGGCUGCUCCAGCUGCUGUGGUGGCCCCUGGACCUCUCGACGGCCAGCAGUCAGACGGGGGACGGUUGCGGUCAUUCAGUACUCACAUCUUACAGUGGGACAUUGUCUUCCAAGAACUUUCCAGGCACGUAUCCAAACUCGACUUCUUGCGAGUGGCAAAUUCACGGAGCAGCAGGCAGCCCCCUCAGCCUGGCAUUUGGAGACAUGGACAUCGAAGCUUCCGAACAAUGCAAAUAUGGCUUCUUGUUGCUUUCAUCUCCCUCAGAUGGUUCCAGCUUUGAUUUGAUUUCAUGCUUGCAAAAAGGCAUUCAUUAUAACACAGAACAAAUCAGAGCUUAUUGUCCUGCAGGCUGCAAGAGAGUGGCUGGUGACAUCUGGGGAAAUGUGAAUCAAGGAUACCGAGAUACAUCUGUUCUUUGCAAAGCAGCUGUCCAUGCUGGUGUAAUCUUGGACGAGCUGGGAGGACCAAUUGUGGUAUCGCAAGAGAAAGGAGUCACUCUUUACAAAUCUAGUGUUGCCAACGGACUGCAUUCAAAAAGGGGGUCAUUAUCAGAAAAGCGCCUUAUUUUUCACAAAGACUGUGCCAGGGCUUUGGAAGUUGCCAGCUUCAAUGCUUCAUCCUGCUGGCAUGAGCAGAACAUGCUGGGAGACCAUCAUGCUUGGGCCGCUGUGCGAGCAGCUUUUGCUGCUGAUGGUUCGUCUUGGGCAGCAGAUCACAGCUCUGCAAAUGAAUGGCUGGAAAUAGAUUUGGGUGGAAAGAGGAACAUCACAGGAAUUGUCACCAAGGGGUCUUCCCAAAGAUACAAUUACUACGUCAAAUCCUACCAGGUUCAGUUCAGCAGAGAUGGCAAGAACUGGAAGACCUACAAAUCCGGCAGCACCAAUGAGGAAAAGAUCUUCGAAGGUAACAGCGACAACUACCAGGAAGUCUCCAACACCUUCAUCCCACCCAUCCUGGCCCGUUACCUGCGCGUUGUACCCCAGAGCUGGAACCAGAGAGCUGCACUGAAAGUAGGGGUGCUUGGAUGCCAAACCCUUCGUCAGAAAAACAAUGGGGCUGAAGGUCCUCCAUUACUGGUGAUGCUCCUAGCUGGAGGUUCACUUUUGAUUGCUGCCACUGUCUUGCUGCUGGUCUUUCUCUGUUAUAAGAAGAGGAAGGCACCAAUCCAGAACGAUGGCAGCUUUAUAAAAGCAACGCCGGUAGAUCUUACUGGAGCUCAGUCACCAGAAUAUGCUGAACCAGACCUGGUUCAAGUCAGCCCUGGCUGCCAGAUGGCCCCAUCCACCUUCAAGCCAGCCAUGGACGAAGGUUACACGCUGCCCCUAGUGGUGAAUCCCUAUGAUGUUCCAGGCAAGCAGCAUGAGUACACGGAGCCCUUGCCCCUGGAACCGGAGUACGCCACCCCUUUCGUCGAGCAGCCUGCAGAACUCGGGAGAGCGAUUCCGCACGGAAAGAAGCGAGCCGCAGCCACCCCAUCCAUGUGCUACUCACAGCAGAAGCCCUUUUUUAAACGCGCGCUUUGCGAGCGCCGCUGCAAUUGA